AUGUUUCGAAUCCUUGAGUCGCAGGCGCCGGCCAAACAGACGGCCACGGAUACGAUAAAUACUCUGAGCAGUAGACUGCAAAAUGCUACCCUGCUGGAGGAUCGACGGGCUGCAAUUCUCGGUUUAAGGAGCUUUGCAAAAACCUACCCUGCCUCGGUUGCUUCAGGUGCAUUGCGGGAUCUGAUCAACAGCCUCCGCAAGGAUGCUGAGGAUGUCGACACAAUCAAGGUGGUCCUGGAGACUCUAUUGAUGCUCUUUUCUCCAGAUGAGAACAGCCCCGAAGCAUCGGAUGAAAUUGUUCUCUGGCUUGCCGACGAGUUCACACAACGCCAAGACAAUAUCACUGCCCUGCUCGAUCUCCUCGACUCCCGGGACUUCUACUCUCGGCUGUAUUCCCUGCAGUUAAUAUCGCAGAUUUCCGCCGCACGACCAGAUAGGACACAGGAGUGUAUUUUUACUGCUCCGCUGGGGAUAUCAAGACUUGUAAAUGUACUUAGUGAUGCUAGAGAGCCAAUACGAAACGAGGCUCUUGUGCUUCUUAUUGCUCUCACUCCUUCAUCGGCCGAACUCCAGAAACUGGUCGCCUUUGAAAAUGCUUUCGAGCGGAUUUUUUCGUUGAUUGAGGCAGAAGGUUCUUUAUCCCACGGGUCUGAAGUGGUGGAAGAUUGCCUCUCACUAUUGGCCAAUCUUCUGCGGCUGAAUGUUUCAAACCAGUCUUAUUUCAGGGAAACGGGUUGUGUAAAGAAGCUUGUGACGCUUCUUACCGAUGCCACCACCGCGCAGGAAACGGAAGAAGACAUUCCACCCUGGGUUCUUGCUCGUCGAGACAAGAACCUUUGGGGCUUAUUAACCAUCAUACAGCUAUUUCUAGUUCGAGGCGGCAUUAGCACCCCUAUCAACCAGACAACGUUCUGGCAGAAUGGCGUUAUGGAACAGGUAUUACGCAUAGCAUUUAGCAACAAUUUCGAUGUGAACAUCACAGCCAAGGCUUUGGGAACAUGCGCCGAUCUAAUUAGCGGGAACUCAACCUUGCAGGAAAAAUUCGCAGACAUUGAGGUUUCCUGGAAUCCUCAAACUGGCCAGGAUAAGCUGUCUAACGGCGACUCCAAAGCCAUAGCACCACGGAAGAUAAACGUCAUCGAAGCCUUACUCAAACUAACCCUUGAGCCGGCGCCCCUUUACAUUUUGGAUGCACGCCUUGCCGCCUGCGAAUGUAUGAAGGCUUUCUUUGCAAAGCAUCCUGGAAUCCGCAUUCACGUUCUGCGCAGAGCAAUUGAGGGCCAUGUCAGUGGGAAUGAUCAGAUCCCAAAUAUCCUGUCUGUCUUGCUAGAACCACCAGAGUCUCGGGGAAUUGCUGAUCCUUAUCGGAAAUGGAUGGCCGCUGUUCUCUUGUUCCAUCUUCUCUUCGAAGACCCGGAGGCAAAAGCUCUUGCUAUGAAAGUCACCGAAGGAAAUGCAGAGAACGGCGAAGAGGUUAUCACAUGUAUCCAGACGAUAGCGGGCAACUUGAUCACUGGAAUGCAGAGAGGCGAUGAUGAGAGAAUGUCUAUCGGUUAUCUCAUGCUGCUGUGCGGUUGGCUUUUCGAAGAGCCAGAUGCCGUCAAUGAUUUCCUCGGGGAGGGAAGCAUUAUUCAAAGUCUGAUCCAGGAGACUAAGCAAAGCCGCCUUGGCAAUGUUCUUGUUCCGGGAUUGUGUUCCAUUCUUCUUGGGAUCAUCUACGAAUUCUCAUCCAAGGAUUCUCCGAUACCACGAGAGACGCUACAUCAGCUGCUAAGCAGUAGACUUGGGAGAGAACAGUAUAUCGACAAGAUUACCAAGCUGAGAGAAGACCCUCUCGUCCGGGAUUUCGAAGUCUUACCCCAAACAGCGCGCAGAGAUCAUGAUGGUGGACUUCCGGAAAUAUUUUUUGAUCGGACAUUUAUCGAAUUCCUGAAAGAUAACUUCAGCCGUUUGAUACGUGCGAUUGAUCGAGAUCCUGGCUUGGAAAUACCUGUGAUCGCGAAUGGUGUUCAAAAGGGCAUCUCACGGGAACUUGUUGAUUCACUCCGGGCCCAAGUUGAUGAUCGAAACCAGACUAUUCAAAAAUUGGAAUCAGAUCUGCUCGCUUUGCAGCAGAAACUGGAACAAGAACAGCUGGAUCAUCGGAGAACAAAGGAGUCCACUGGUCUUGAGAUUUCUCGCAUAAAACAAAUCAACGAGGCUCUACAGAGAAAUCACGAAACUGAAAUGUCGAAACUGGAAGAACAGCACAAGCAAGAAAAGAAUGAAUUACUCAAGCAGCACGGUGAACGGUUGCGAGCUAUCGACAAUCAGCUGAAGGAGACCACCGCGGACUACGAGAAGAAGAACGCUCAAGUACGGCAACGUCAUGAAGCCGAGGUGUCUGAUCUCAAGAAGACGAUCCAAACUUUGGAAUCAAACCUCGACAAAGCCAACAAGGACCACAUUCAGGACCUCCAAACCGCACACGAAGAAUACUUAGCUAAGUGCUCUACAUUGGAAGAACGGGCCAAACGCGCCGAAGAAAGGGCGGAGGAGGCGGAGGAGCUCGCUCGCAAAGUAGAGCAGGAUCUCAUAGAAGCUAAAGAAGCACUAGCCAAGGCCAAAGCCGAAGUGGAGAGCAAAGAGAAAGCUCGUAAGGAAGUACAAAGUGAGCUCGAAGAUCUUCUGAUUGUGUUUGGAGAUCUUGAAGCCAAGAGAAACGAAGACAAGAGACGCUUGAAAGAACUCGGACAGGAAGUUUCAGAGGCCGAAGAAGAAUCUGAGGAUGAGAAUGAUUCCGGCGGAGAUGAUGAUGAUGAUAAUGAUGAUGUGGAUUGA